GGUAGAUAAAGUUGUCUUGAUUUGUUAGCAUCUCGCUAAAACGAUAGCGGCAGAAUUCCAUUCCGUUCCCGAGACGCUAAUCGAAGGUACUUAUUCUCUACGGAGCGUGCGCCGGGUGCGGACCGUUUCCUGCUGUUGUUAUUGCGAAGGAGCAUUAUACGCGGUUCGGUUCGGUUCGAUAUAGGCUCAUCACGAUUGCUGAUAAAGUUUGAAUUCCUCCAGUGCAGUGCUAGUUGUUGUCCCAUAUUGUUGCUCGUAAGCUGUUAUAAGUUAGUGUUAAGGGAAAAGAUUUGGCGGUAAUCUUUCUAAAAGUUCUAAAAGUGUUGUGAUAAAAAAAAACUGCGAGAGAUUACUAAACCUGACCGUUUCGAAUUGUGCAGAAAUAAAACACAUUUCAUACAAGUAACGUGCAAGAAAAUUAACUUGCCAACAGAACCUCCUUCACCAUGUUCUCAAACAUGUUGAAACCGUACCGAUUCUACGGUAUAGCACAAAUGCUGCUGAUUUGGAUAUUACCGCACUAUCUUAGCUACAGUCAACCACAAAUAACUUCGUUGGACACGCCACUAUUUAUUGAGAAAUUUAGAGGCUUUCGCCGUUCGGCUCUCAACCUAAUAGGAAAUACGGGAAACAACAACAACAAGUUUGAAAUGAACUUGAAGAUGGGAAAAUUACAAAAACAAUAUCCGCCGGAUUAUCCAUUCUUCUGUAAUACUACUGGAAUGCGAAGUGCAACCGUACCAUCCUCAGUAGACAAACUGCGUCCUGGUGAUAUUGAUAUUAUUGGAGCAAUCGGAGAUUCGCUAACGGCUGGAAAUGGCGCAAUGGCCACGAAGGUCCUAGAAGUUCUAGUAGAAAACAAAGGGAUUUCGUGGAGUAUUGGAGGUCAGUCUACAUGGAAACAGUUUUUAACACUGCCAAAUAUUCUAAAGCAAUAUAAUCCCAAUCUAUACGGAUAUGCAAUUCGGGAUACGGUAUCGACAAGUAAAGCUUCAAGAUUCAAUGCAGCCGAAGGAGGAUCCAUGAGUCAGGACAUUCCUCACAUGGCAAGAAAUUUGGUGAAACGCAUGCUGCAUGAUCCUAACGUUGAUAUGAAAAAUCAUUGGAAGUUAAUCACACUACUCAUAGGCGGAAAUGAUUUUUGUUCCAACAUAUGCUACACAAACCCACCGGAGAAAGCCCUACAAUAUCAUGAGUCGAACAUGUUGACUGCUUUAAGAAUCUUCAGAGAUUACCUACCUCGUACUUUCGUAAAUCUAGUUUCAAGUCCAAAUGUAGAUAUCCUGAACCAUAUGAAGAGAAAACCACACGAAUGUGUCACAAUGCACGUUGUAGAAUGCCCCUGCUUUAUUGCAACCCGAUUCGUUUCCCAACGACGUCGUUUUAUCAAACUUAUAGAACAAUGGAAUCUGCUACAGAUGGACAUAGCGAACCGAAAGGAGUUUCAUAAUAAACCCGAUUUCACCGUUGUCAAUCAACCCUUUAUUAUGAACAUCAGCAUUCCGGAUAAACCAAACGGAGAUACGGACUUUAGUUAUAUGUCUGCCGAUUGUUUUCAUUUGAGUCAAAAAGGGAAUGCUCGUGCGAGUAACGCUCUGUGGAACAAUAUGCUGGAACCGGUGGGAAGAAAAUCAGUCAGUUGGGAUCACGAGUUUAGCAACUUUAAAUGUCCCUCUCCGGAAAUGCCAUACUUUCGUACUAUUGGAAAUAGCUAAACAGGAAGAGAUGGAAAAAUUUGAUUACGAGUGAGCGUAUACUGUGAUACAUUAUAUCUCUUAGUUCGAGAUUAAUCGGAAGCAAGUGCAAUUAAAAAUAUAUACAAUGUCACUCAA